AUGUCGAAUGAAGUUUCCAUUAGGCCAAAUGACCAUUUCAAAAUGAGAAUCCUGGUUUGUGCACUGCUAACCGAAACAGCCCAACGGCAGUCUCCUCGAGGCCUUCCCAAUGCUCGCGUGUCGAGCUCUGAUUCCGAUCAGCCGCACCCUCGACCCCGGACAGAAAAGAACCAAAAACCGAUCGAUGGUCGAUCGGCCAAGCCUUCUCAAUCCGAACCGUCCAAUCAGAAGAAGCUCGGGACCCGAAUAGCUAAUCUUGAGUCCCAGCUAGGCCUAGCUCAGGAGGAGCUCAAGAGCCUAAAAGACCAGUUAGUCUCGAAAAAGCCCAUCAAGAAAGCUGCACAAGACCAAUUUGACAAUAAACCGAAACAAACCGAGCCCGAGACAGUAAAACCCGCAAAAGACCAACUUGAUGAUAAACCGAAACAAAUCGAGCCCGAAGCAGUGAAAAAAGGAGACAGCUUGAGUACUAUUACUCAAGAAACAUCGGUCAAUAAUGUUGUUCAUCAGGAAGAAACAGAUGUUUUCGAAGUUCCAGUCGAGAUAUUAGCCAUCGAGCCCGAAUCGCCAGCUGGCGAAGAUGAAUUCAACUCUAAGUCCAUCACCGAGUCCGAAAAACCGUUGCUCGAAGAGCUGAUCACAUCGAAAGAUGAUGGAGUGAGUAAGUUGAAGGCCGAAUUAGACGAGAAGGACAAGGAGUUGGAAGCUUUUCGUGUAGAGAACGAGAGCUUAAAGAGCCAGCUCGAUAACAAGUCGCUAGAAAUGUCAACCGCCCGAGCUGAAAUCGACGGGUUGACUCUGAGGUUGACUAAUAUGGAGCAAGAGCUUGAAAGGAGUAAAAAAGAAGGUAUUCAGGUAAGUGAAAAGUUAGAAUCGGUUGAAAAGGUGAAGGAAGAGAUGGAAAGCGAGAUGAGAAGGCUGAGGGUACUUUCCGAGCAGUGGAGGAAAGCGGCAGAUGAAGCGGCGGCAGUUCUGGCCGGCGGACGGUUGCCGGAGAGGUGUGGGUCAAUGGAUAAGGCCUACAUGGGCCCAUUGGGCCAAGUUGGUGGUUAUGGUGGUUACAUGGGGUCACCUGGAUUGGGUGACGAUGAAGAUGGAGAUUAUGGUUUUUCUGGUGAGAGGAGGAAAGGGCCCGGGAUUAGAAUGCCGUGGAAAAAGAAAGGCCCGAAAUGAAUAAACUCAAAUACUCCAUAUUGAAAAGAUGUGUUUUGUGUGAGUGAUAACAAUAUUUGAUGUUUGAUUUUUGAAUGUCAACUUCUGUUGUUAUAUUAUUUUUUCUUUCUUGAGUUUGAUGUAUGUGUGAUUUGCAAACUGUUGCAUUCUGAUGUUUAUAUAUUGGUUUGAUGCAUGUUAUAUUUAUAGAGCUGAGCUUCUGGGAAAAAUGUAUUCAGC